GGUAUUCAGCAGUAACUGGCCGCUACUGGCCGCGUAUCCGUCCUCACAAUGUGCGACUCGAGAACUCGUAAAACUGCACCUGCUAUACUGGAAAAGCUCGCCAUCUAUGAAAACGUGUUAUCAGUAGGCGCAUUGAACGGCAUAAGCGGCGUGGGCCUCCCCACGCUGGUAUCGGAGUCAGCGCUGGGUGCCGUGGAUAUGGUCCAGGAAGGGGAGACAGGCGCGGGAAGCGAUGGCCUUAUCGCUCCGCGUCGGUUGCCCAACCCGUAUCUAGAAAGUCCACAGCGCAUGGAUCUGCACAGAGAAUUGCUCUUUAAUCAGAGAAUAGGAAAGAAUGUUCUUAAUCAAAAGAGUGAACUACAAAAGGCACUUUCAAAACACAAAGAAAAGCAGCUUAUGAAUCAAGUUAAGGAACACAGAGAAACGCCAGAACUAGAACGGGCUAUAGCUGAGAGAGCACGUCGGCUGGAACAAGGGGAAUCGAGCACGGAGGAAAUAGAACCAGGAACUAAUCCCACACUUCAGGAGGUGCGCGCGCGUCUGCGACAUGCUGCGCCGCCAUCUUCGGCCACUUCUGCACAUUAAUUCUACUUAAUAAUACCUACAUUAAAAACCCUUUUUUAACUACUAUAACAGUAUCAGAUACUUUUUGAGUGAGCUAUCAGCCACUUUAUAAUAUCUAAUCUUCAUUCGCUGUAUAGGCGUAGAGUAAACAUGUAGUAGUAUACUAUAGUGGCAACUGGCGCCAUCUGCAGUUGUAUGCAUUUAUUACAUCUGCAAUGUAACAAUGAUCACUUGCUAUUUACGUGCUUAUGAUUGUGAUCUUAAUCCUAAAGAAGAUUUACAAUAUUAUUUGGCUGUUUAAAAAAAAUCUUUAUAAAACAAUAAAAAAAUCGUUUUGCAUUGAGACAAGCAUUUUGUAAUGUGUGAAGGGUAAAGUGUGUUUUAUUGGUGUGAAUGGCUUUGAUUGCCAAAGCUUAUUAUCAUUAUAAGUUAUAUUAUUUUGUAUUAUAUACUUUUAAGGGUUUAAUAAUGUUUGUCAUCGAAACGUAAUCACUAUAAGUGUCACAAAUAGUUGAUUUAUAAUUUUUAUCAAAUAUUAUGUACAGAUAAUUAGGUAUUUUGUUAUGAUCUUUACUACAAUGUAAAAGAAAUGCAGUUUGCAGUUAAGUGUAGUAUGACUGCAGUUUACGGUAUCUAUUAAUUUAACUGAAUAUUUACAGUCUAAUAAUUACAUAUUCGAGAACAAUAAUAAAUUAUAAAUCGUAACAUUUAUAAGUAGAUAUACUCCUUACCGCAAAUACUCUGAGUGGCUAGUGUGAGCUAUAUAAAUAUUUACGUUAUGACUGCGUACGUGAUGUUGCAUUUAUAUGAAGAUCUAGUUUGUAGAAUUAUCUGCAAGUAGCGCUGCUAAAUUUCACUGUAACUAUCAACAUAAACCUUACCGCAGUAAUAAAUGUUUGUAUAAUUUACAAUAGCCACUUAUGGGAUACAUUUAAAUAAAGAUAAUAUUAGUAAAAAUGUGUUUAUGACGAUUUCUACGCUUAUUAAAAUUUAAUUUUCUAUUAUUUUGACUACUUACCUACUUAUGGAAACAAAAAAUAUUGACUGAGGUAUCGACUGCAUGAGAUUUAUUGAUAAGGGUAAAUGUCGACUUGAGCAAAAGAAAAUAAUAAAAAAAAAAUAUUUUUCUAAACUUUUUAACGUCACAAACCUUAACAUUUCGUAGUAGUGUUUAUUUGUAAACAUUUACUGUUCUCGUUAAACUCCUGAAUACAUGUCUAUACGUAGAUUAUCUAGUUAUAUCUAUCGACGUAAUCCUCGUAAAAUAUUUUAUUACGAUAAUUGUAGAAAGUAGAUAGAUGUUGGCAAUUAUAGAGUGUAUGAUUUAGAUAUAUUACAUUAUAUUCAUAUUUUAUCAACAGAGUAGAAAUCUUAUGAAAGUUGGCAUGAAAAUAGUGACUUUAAUAAUAGAAAAUAACCCAUAUCGACACCUAUUGUAAUUGGUCGGUAAUAAGCCGAUGAAUAAUAUGCACCAAUAGUUGACCAGUAUGUUUGAAUCCGAAGUGUUCAAUAUAAGUGAUAGAUGAGAAAUAUUUUUGUAUGUUUAUGUAAUAUCUGUAGAAUGCCUACGAUGUUUCAAAUUUUAAUAGGUAAAUUCCUAAAACUAAACGAUUCACAUUAAAUAGUGUAUCUAUUUAUGGUAAUUUAUAUAUUAUUGGAAGGGUUGCCUGGUCCAAAUUGAUUGUUUUUGAAUAAAUUGACUUAGUGCUUCUUUGCAAAUUAUUUUUUUUUGCAAUUUUUCUUAUAUUAAGAAAACAAAUGCCUAAAUUAAUAGACGCUAAUAUAAACUAACAAUUAACAAUGUUGUUAUAUAUCAUAAAAGCAAUUUCUUAAUUUGAUUACUUACGGAGGCUUUAUAUUUAUUUUAUUAUUUUGUAUGUAGUGUGUAGCUUAUAACAUUACAAAAAUUCAGCCAAUUUAAAUGACACAUCAUUUACUAAAAAGCAUUAAGAUAUUAUAGCCAUACAUCGUGACAAAGAUCUGGGCAGAUAUAUUAGCAACAUACACUUAUAAUAAUGUAUUUUAUAAGGUGACCAUAUAAAAACAACGUACGCUUAGCGUAGUUCAGUUAAUAACAUAUAUUUAAUUACACUAGGUAAUAUAACUUCCAAAAUUUUGGGAACUUCCUACAUUUUCUGGCAAUCUGGCAACCCUAAUUGAGAGCCAUAAACACGAAAAAAGUGCAAUAAUGUUAUUGUUUUUAUAUUAUUUCGGAAUUUUAAGUGUCAUUAUUUUCAUAUAUACCACAAUUUAUAAAACAUAUACUGUAUCCUUCUCCAACUUUUAUUUCACUUUUGAGAGAACGUUACUGUUUCAUAUUUUGUGAAAGAUGACUGUGAAAUCCACAAUGAAAAUAUUUAAGUAGGCAGCUUAAAUAUUUCUAUUGCGUAUCUUGUUUAAUUAUACUAUUUAUUGAAAUAUGUAAUAUAAAAUCUACCAUAAAUGUAUAAGUUUUAAGAAAUAAAAUAUAAUGAUGUCAAAAUUGUAAGAAAAAUAAUGGGAAGUGUAAAUAAAUUUUUGGCUAUAAAUAUCUAUAGUAAAACAGCCUAAUAAAAUAAUAAUUUUAUAACUUGUGGGUCAGUUUUGAGGUUAAAAUCAAAUAGACGACGCAAACGUUUUUAUUUUUUGUAAUUUGCAUCAUCAGGAUAUCAAAGCUUUCAUCUGUGUGAUCCAGUCGCCCUAGAUAAAAAGCUAAAUGAGUCUAUCAGUAGAUACGUUAUCGCUUACGAGUACAUGCGGGGUAUACGAGACAACAACGUGCGACGUCUUGUUCUUUCUCAUGCAUGUAUGCAUGUGCUAAUGAAAAUGUCUCUAUUGACAGAUACGUUUGCCGCUUAUUUAGAGGGUUGACACUAAAACUUUUAUUAACUGACUCCUACAUGAAAAAUUUGAAAUAUUUAAUGAAAUUAUAUAUUUUGCUAAUUUACCGAUGUUGCGUUAAUUCAUGUUUAAAAUAUCAAAUAUAAUUAUACUAUGUCACAAAUUUCUCAGAAAUAAUUGGCCUUAUAUAAAUUUGAUAAAAUAGGUAUUAUUUCAGUUCCAUCGCACGUUCAAUACAAUGGAUUCAAGUUCAAAUAACAAUAAGUAAUUUUUUACACCCGAACAUGGACACCUAAUAAUGAUUUGCCACGUUGUUAUCAAUUUUAAUUUUACUUAUCUAAUACUCUUUUAUAUCACAAUAUGUCCUGACCCUCAACUUAUUAUUGCAUACCAAUAGUUAUAGAAAUAUAAACAAACAUUCAGAGGUUUAAUAUUAAAAAUAGCGCUCUCUAUCUCACCAAUGUUAACAAAAUUGCAUAUUAAAACAUAUGUAAUUUAAUUCGGUUAAACAAUUGAAACGUAUCAACCCCUAUCCUUUAUAAAUAUUAUCGUAAUAAAAAUGAGCUUUAGUUUUCUCCAUUGUGCCUAUUAAAUAUUGUUGUUUAUUUUCAGAGUAUUAGUUAUGGUUAUAAGGUAGAUUUUAUAUAGGAUGACGAUUCUCACUGAGAUGCGUACCAAAAUUACUAAGGAGAAAAACCAUUCCACUUGUUAUUCAUUCACUUGAUUGUUUGUUUAAACAUUUUUUUUUUUUGUAAAAUAUAAGUUUUAAGUUAAUACUGUAUCUUAGUACAAAGUGGCGUCUUAUUAUGAAGGAAUUUUGUGCUUCAAACCUCGAAGCUGUCAUUAUUGUGGCCAUUUAUGUUGGAUAUUAUGUAUUUAAAUUAGUAUAAGUAUUUUACUACUGUAAUGAAAGUUUGACCAUAAAGCUGUAUCAGAACUCAAUGAUUUGCAUAGACAAAUAAAAAUGUUUUAGCGCCUUA